UGCACGUGCAUAAAGUGCAAAUGUUAUUGUCAUUUAUAUGACCAAAAAAAUACAAACAGGAAAGUAAAAGACAAUAAUAAAUUAGCUGAUUCGACGGGAAAGGACACUGGACAUCAUCGCACGGAAUCCAGGGAUAAAGUUAAGAAACUAACUGAAGAUGAUGAAGAUAAAACUCAUUAUAGAAACGUUGUAUCAAGCUCAUUUGGAGAUAGACAUAGAUACACAUGCAAGUAUUGAGGAAUCAAGGCAUGCCGGGUGGAAUGGAAUAACUGGUAAAAUUGUUACGACCCCCUCUUCCACAAACGGUGUUUCAGACUCUGAUGUUCCGAAGGGAGAGUCUAAUGGUAGCACAAAGAAGACAGAUCAGUACCCUAAUGACGGGAUGUCUGUGGCCUGCGGUGGUAACCCUGGAGAUCCAAGCGAUAGCGAUGAAUCAGAUAGUGAAGACGAUUCUAAGAAGGAUCAUGCAAAAGAUGACAGAGAUGAAAAUGACCAAAACAAAGAUAGAGACAAGGAACGUAAUAUCUCUGACUGGAGAAUAGAUACAGAAGUUUGGAAAAGAUGCAUUGAAAUGAAAGACGUAGAUAAAGCGACACGUUUAGUAAACGAAAGAAUUUUGCCUGAUCAGGAUUUACUAGAUCCUGCUUCCGAAGUAUUUGAUGUUUCUUCUGAAAUUGUACAGAACAUAUGCACUGCCAUUUGUUGUUACAUGAAAAAUAAAAAGCUUUAUAUUAAUCGCGUCUGGCCUGCUCUUGAUUAUAGACAAGAGGUUCCCAACAAAAACAUCACAUUUAUUAUCUACACUUCACAAUCCUCUGAGAGUGAAACAAUUGAGUAUCGUUGUUAUGAAAGGUCUGUAAACGAAAUUUCAACGUCUUGUUCAAAUGAAAACAGCCAUAUUAAAGAACUUGAACAAGACUGUGAAAAAGAUUAUUCUGAAACUGAAAAGAUUAGGGAAUGUUUAAACAAAUACUCAAAAUCACUUAUGGAAAGUCAUAAAAAUCUCACAAGGAUAUCUAUCAGUUGGUUUAAAUCUGGAGGAUAUGGAACAGAAAAACAGUCCAUAACACCGAAAACUUGCAUAGCUGUUUAUGUGCAAGUGAAAGGAUUCGUUCCCUUAAAUGAAACAGUUUUACCAAAAGAGCUUGAUGGCAUUGUUGUGGACGUGCGUGAAGGCGUUGUCACCUCAUAUAUAGGACCUAACGAACAUCACGAACAUUUAAAAAUGGGAUGUGCAGUGCAUAGUGGUUUAAAGGACAGACAAGGAACCCCUAUUGGAGGAACUCUUGGAGGGUUCGUUGAGAUAAAUACGGCUGUUUAUUGCAUAUCUAGUGCUCAUGUCUUUUUGUCUGCAGAAGAUAUGGAGAAAUUGAAAAACAUGGGCAUUUGCAACCUUACAGACGAUACUAUAAUCAAAAGGUUCAACGCUCGUCAACCUGUUUACAACGGUUCAAGAUCGUUUGGUAUAGGAGUUUGUGCAGUUUAUAAGGAAGGUGGCAAUGGUGAAACCGGCGUCGAGGUUGUGAUUGUUGAAGUAAAAGAUAGAUUCCCCAUAUCUGGAGAGUUUCCAGACUGUCCGCACAAUAGAAAUCCAGGGUGUGACAGUCUAAAAUUUUCAUCUGGGAAACUGUGUAAUCGAGAGGAAGUAAACAGACUUAUUAGAGAAAAGAAACUGACGGUUGUGAAAUUCGGAUGUAUAUCGGGUUGGACAAGAGGGAUUAUUCGAUUAGAAGGUGGGUCGGCACGAUUUCGCCAUAUGGUUGGAACUUUAGAAGACAAAGAUGAAUUUGGAAUGUUACUGUACAAUCAGUACGAAAUAGAGAGUAUUGGAGGUGUACGUUUCGCUGAAAAUGGGGACUCCGGGUCUUUAGUAUUCACUGAUGCUUAUGGGCCACUUUCUGUCAUAGGUAUUGUUGAAGGAGGAAUGGCAGAGGUUGUAUACGUUACACCAAUUUGUGAAGUGUUUGCUGCGUUGAACUUGCAAGAAAACGUACAAAAUAUGAAAGUAUUUCCCCCACAUUGCCCAGAUAUUCAAAACAUACCAAUGCAAACUGAUGACUCUAAUUCGUCCCAGUAUUUGACAAACAGAAGUGACUCAGGAGUUUCGUCAGCCGAUGGGGCUACGCUUUGUACUGUUGAGGAAAAACUGAUAUCAGAUGUAUCAGUGUUGAAAGCGGACAUAACCAAUGUAAAAGCCCAAGUUGAAAAGACUAAAAGCGAUGUAGAGCACAAAAUCGAUAAAUCAAACACAGAACUACAAAGUAAAAUGAAUGCAAUGCAAGAACAAAUGCAAAAACAAAUGAAAGAACAAAUGAAAGAACAAAUGAAACAAACUGAAUUGCUUAAAAGUUUUUUUGCACAAUUCAGUCCUCCAAGUCCAGCGACUAGCACUUCUAACACUCAUCCAUCUUAAAAUGGUCAUUGCAAACAUAUUGUCGAGAAGGGGAAUUACCAUAACAAAAUGUCGUAUUGUUUUGUAUGUUAGAAGUUUAUAGUUGUUUAAUAUUCUUCUACACUUAGUAUGAAAUAUUUAGAUCUAUGUUUUCGAGAUAGCAAAUUAUCAUUUAUAUAGUAAAGAGCAUUUAACAACAUGUCUUCUUCAAAGCAUUCCUGAUAUCUUUAAAAAAGUUGCGUUUGGUUGUAAUCAGUAAGUUUGAAAGUAUACAACGAUAUAUUUACCAAACGAGACGACUGAGGUUAAAAACGUUCUAGCUGUCGUGCUCAGCUAUCACUAGCAUUACGGUGAUAAUAGUAUUUGAGAGAGUAUGAUUUCCCGAUGUCAAAAAAUAACCUGACAAUAAAUGAAAAAUGUCUUAGGCCGGUAACUUGCAUAACCUCAGUCAGAGCAGCCAGAGUAGCCAGGGUUAGGGUUAGAGUUAGGGUUGGUUCCUGGCUACUCUAGCUGUUCUGUUUGCUCUGGCUAAGGAGGUACAUUAGGUAACGAUAAUUAAUACGUGGUAAAUUGAAUUUCAAAACAUGGACUUAUUUGUAAUUCAAAGUUCCAAGACAUAUCUUUUUUGGUAUUGAGAAACAAGAUUGUUCAAUCUGAAUUUUAAAUGCAAAUGUCAAAUAUGGAAAUCUAGGAAAUAACUAUAAUUCUGAGUGAGCUUAGUGUUUCCUGACACAGUCUACAAUCAAAUAAUCUUUAUUCAUAAAAACAACUAUCUUUAUAAACAAAUAUGUCUGUCAGUGACUGUAACUUACUAAGUAGUUUCUAAUUUGCAAUGCUAUAUAAAGGGACGCUUACACAUAUUAUCCAUAUUUUUACAUUUUUCAUGAAAACUUGCCAAAUUGCUAAUUGGGAAUUCGUAUUUCAGUUAAAUAUAUAGACAAUUAGUACGGUUUUUGUCUGUCCAUCUAAUGAUAUUUCGUAUUCAAGAAUGAAUAAUUCACUUUCGACUACAUACUGGUUUAUUAACUAUAAUUGUUGUACUUAAAUGACAUGUACUUUUAUUUGUAAUGCAAAUUAUAUGCAUUUGUGUUUGAUUGUUUAACAGGUACCUUGCGUUUGGCAGUUUAGACUGAUGCUCUCUAUAAUUGUAUGAAAGCGUUAAAAUGUACACAUUAUUGGGAUUUCCAUUUACGUAUUUCAUAUAAUGUGAAAAGGUUAAGCAUACUUUUUAAUUCAUAAAGAAUUUGUCCCUGAAGUUACGCAACAAUGCCUUAUAGUUUUGACUACAUAUGUUAAGGACUUCCAUUAAGUUGACGUGUCAUCUACAUAUACAUAGUUUUGUAAAACCAAAAAAAAAAAAAAAAAAGCAAAAAAAAAAAAACAAAAAAGAAACGUUUGCUGUUGAACCAUUUAAUGAGUAGCCAAGUCCAAGGCCAUCAUUUUUGUUAGACAAAAUGACCGUUUAUUUAGUUUAAAAAUAUGAUAUAAAACAAAACAAACAAAAAAACACACCUUGUCCACAACGUGUAACAAUAAUUUAAUAAUAUAAUAAUAAAAUGAUAUUUAAUAACAACUGAAUACACAUUUUGAUUUGUAAUACCAGUUUGUUUAAAACGCAUGGUCACCAAUGAAAGCGUACUCCUUGCAUUUGAAUCGUGCAAGAGAAUAUAUUUAUCUUUAAUAUUUGACAGCAUUACCUGCGUAACUUCGAAAUAUUUUUUUGUUGAUUCGACAAGCUAGAUACCAUUGUUUAGUACUUUCUGUAUAUACAAAAUGUUUUUAUUUCAAUCAUGAAACUGUGCUUUAAUAAACGAAUGAACAUUCAAUUUCAUUAGAUAUGUUUUUGUUUCUCAUAUUUCAAGUGGAUUAGUUUGUGUUUGUCCUUUUAAAGAAAUAACAGAAAUCGUUAUCCAUAUACGUAGCAGUUUGACUAGUAACUAUUUGUUGUUUCGGCUGUUUUUUGUUUUGUUUUUUUUUUGUUUUUUUUGUAAAUCAACGAUCACGUGUACAUAUUUAUCUUUGUAUGAAGCACAUUCCGAUACAUUUAGACAACUUUGUGCCAUACAAUAUCUUGUUGUAUGUGCAUUGUGCAUUUUAGUUAUGUUCUUAACACUUUUGACAUUGUUUCUGUACAAUGAAGCAGUCCCAACUUUCAUUAAAAUAUAAAUAGUUCUGUUCUGUUAUCAUCCUCGUUGAAAAUGUAAUGUCCGAAUACAAUUUUGAUCUAUGAAUGU